AUGAGCUUUGUCGACCAGAAGGAUGCCGAGACGAGGUUCGACAAAUGUCCGCGCAUGCUGCUUGUCCAGGCUCUCGAAAAACUUGAACUGGAAUUGGGUGCAAAGGUCUCGAUAGGCUUCGAGAUCGAGUUCGUGCUGCUGGACGGGUCAGACAAUGUCAUUAAGCCGCUAGAUCGGCUGAACGGCUACUCGAGAACGGCUGGACUGCGCGGAGAAACAUUGGACCUGGUUGAAGAGAUUGCCGACGCCCUCAAGCAGUCUUCCAUCAACAUUCACCACUUCCAUGCAGAAGUCCAGGAUCAGCUGGAGAUUGCUCUUGCCCCCGAGCCUGCACUGGAAGCCGUCGAUUCUCUUGUUCUGGCGCAAGAAGCCAUUCGCGCGAUAUGCGUGCGUCGGAAUCUCAAGGCGACCAUGACCCCGAAACCGACACUGUCUGGACCGUCAAGCGGCCUGCACCUCCAUCUUUCCCUCAACAAGCUCGAACAUGGGUCGGCUGACAACUUCGUUGCCGGCGUCCUCAACCACAUGGGCUCGCUCUGUACCUUCGGAAUGGCAAACUACGACGGCUAUGUCCGCUCCACCAGCGAUGCUACGGGCGCAUGGAUCGGAUUCGGCACCGAUAACCGCGACUUGCCGGUGCGGAAGAUCGGCAACUGGCAUUGGGAGUUCCGCAUGAUGGACAGCACCGCAAAUCCAUACUUGUUCGUUGCGACUGUUUUGCUUGCUGCUUUAGAUGGGCUUGCAAACAAGACGGAGUUGGUUUGGAAGGAUUGCAAGUUCUUCCCGCACCUGUUGGACGAGAGUAUGCGGGCCGAGUAUGGGAUGCACAAGAGCAUGCCAGUCACGUUCAAAGAAGCGUUGGAUUAUUUGAAGAGGGAUGUUGCUCUGAAGACUUGGAUUGGCAAAGACUUGCUGAAGUGGUUCAUCUCCGUCAAGGAUAAAGAGGUAGAGGAAUUCGGAAAGAUGACCGACGAGCAGAGGCGGCUUCGCUUCUUGGAGUACUUUUGA